AAUUCCCCACAGACGAUGAGCAGACUCCCCUCGAACAACGUGCGUCUUUCUGGAAUCCUGGCGUGCCUGUCAGCUGAUGGGAGCCAAUCCGUGGCCCCUGACCGUCACUAGGUGGGUCUGUGUUUAAAACACAACGCAAUGCCCUGAUGCCAACGCAUUCUCUAACCACUUGAGUCUCGAGUUUAUUCCAAUGACAGCGCGCGAUGACAAUGCACCGGUAGGGGACCACAGUUUACGCACUGGCACCUUCAGGGGGACACCGACUGUGGAGAGCUUAUGUCCCCUGGUAACGCGAUGGAUAACUCAAGCGUGGUGGUCACGGUUGUUCCGACUGCUGGCCAAACAGAAUUCCUCAACUUCACCAUAAAUGACACCAUCUCCCGACUCUCAGAAAGCUUCUCGGAGGAACUCGCCAUGGCAGGAUUACGCGUAACGAACGACCAGGUAUCUCUGAAAGCCAACACUCUCAGCACUGCCUUUGCUGCUGGGCUUCGGGCUAAACUGCCGCCGACGGAACCCGCUCACCUGGUGAUUGCCUUUUGGGAUUCCCCACUAAGUCACGGAAUCAAUGUGUUUGUGGGGAUUGUCCUGUGCUUCACCAUGCUGGGGCUAGGGUGUACGGUAGACGUUAGCCAGCUUGGGGAGCAUAUCCGCAGACCCAUCGGGGUGCUGCUGGCGCUGGUGUGUCAGUUCGUCAUCAUGCCACUGGUCGCCUUCCUGCUAGCUUUGGCAUUCUCGCUCGACGAUGUGGCGGCUAUGGCCGUUCUACUGUGUGGCUGCUGUCCAGGAGGAAACCUAUCCAACAUCAUGUCCUUAUUAGUGAACGGGGAGAUGAAUCUGAGCAUUAUCAUGACCAUCUCCUCCACGGUCCUAGCACUGGUGCUGAUGCCGCUGUGUCUGUGGAUAUACAGCCGCGCCUGGAUCAACACCCCCGUGGUCAACCUGAUGCCGUUCGGCGCGAUCAUCCUCACCCUCUGUAGCACCCUCAUACCCAUCGGCCUGGGGGUCGUGCUCCGGUACCGCUACAACCGGGCGGCCGACAUCGUUUUAAAGGUGUCCCUGUGGUCUCUGCUGCUGACCCUGGUGAUGCUAUUCAUCAUGACAGGAGCCAUGUUGGGGCCAGAGCUUCUGGCCACCAUCCCUCCAUCUGUCUACGUGGUGGCUGUCCUGAUGCCUGCCUGUGGCUACGCUGCAGGCUACGGCCUGGCCACCCUCUUUGAUCUCCCGCCCAACGUCCGCAGGACUGUGUCCCUGGAGACCGGGUGCCAGAACGUGCAGCUCUGCACAGCCAUCCUGAAGAUGGCCUUCCCACCACAGCUGAUGGGGGGCAUGUAUAUGUUCCCUCUACUCUACGCCCUCUUCCAGGCAGCCGAGGCUGGCAUCUUCAUCCUGGCCUAUCAGAUGUACAGGAAAGAGGUUCUACACAAACCAGACACAAACCCACUGGGGGACAAUGGGGAUAUUGGAUAUAAUAGGUUUGAAGAUGAAGAUAUGGGCUUUGACACUUCUUACGGGGCGGUGACCACAAGUGACCCAAAUCUCAUCAUGUUAGAGCCUUGUCCUGAUGCUACUCCUGUUUAGUGUGCAUGAGACAAUGAUGACCCACCGUGGGUGAUGUGGUGCAUACAUAAUGACAUUCAGGUCUGCUCAUGACAUCGCUAUCAAAAAUAAUUUUCAUGUCAGCAACCUUUGACUGCAGGGCAGCAACCCUAUGGGUGUGUACAUGUCUCAUGACAGGACAGAAGAAUCAAAAUAUUAUGGAGGGAGAGAAAGUUACAAAAUAUAAUUGAAGCAAGCAUAAGCCGUAUGACCAUGAAAAAAAUAUGAACAGGUUUGUUUAAGUAAAAAAUGCUAGUAUAUCUGAGCUUACUUCAACAUAUUGUGUAUGAAAGAAAAUUGCUGUGAAAAUGGAAAUCAUCAAAAAUAAUCUCUAAAUUCAUCCACUCUCACAUCACAGAUGCAGGACAACAUUGUUUCACAAAGGUGUCAUCAUCUCACUUGCUUGUAAAGUCUAACAUAAUCAUCUGAUCUACAUGACUAAACAUUGUCAAUUAUUAUUUUGCAUUCAAAGCAAGUGUUCAAGUUCAAGUCCACUUGUUUUUGGUUCUUUUGGUGCCUAUGGUUUCAGUUCAAGAAGAGACAAAUAAUGCAGUACAAUCCAUCAACAAAGCCUAAUAUAACUACUCCAUAUCACCAUUAGUACGAUGACAAACAGUCUGUAAAAUGUACAACUGUGUAUAUGUUUA